GACUUUUAAACUGUUGCAAAUCCGUGCUGCUGCUGUUGCUGUGGUGACGCUUUACGGCAUUUGGAUCAUGGCGGAGUCGCUGAGCGCUGCACAGUUGAGCACGAAAUGGCAAGAGGCUUCAAACAGAGGAUCUGCCAUACUCCGCUAUCUGGGGGAGCAGGUCCCCCUUAUUUACUGCCUGGAGGUGGAGCUUCAACAUGCGGAGGAGGAGCUAAAGGUUGAGCAACGCCUCCUGUAUCCUCUGGAGUACUUUCUUUUUGGAGAAGAGCCUUGUGUCGGCCUGGAGAAACUACAGCGGUACAACAGCAGCUCAUCAGCUCAGCAGUGUGGACGCGUCUUCAAAGAGGGAGAAACUGUGUAUUCCUGCAGGGAUUGUGCAAUCGAUCCCACCUGUGUGCUCUGCAUAGAAUGCUUCCAGAAGAGUGUGCACAAAAGCCAUCGCUACAAGAUGCACGCCUCAUCAGGAGGAGGUUUUUGUGACUGUGGAGAUGUGGAGGCUUGGAAAACAGGACCCUGCUGCUCUCAACAUGACCCUGGCACUGAAGCAACUAUGGAGACGGAUGAGUGUGUGAUGGAUCCAGGCCUUCAGGAAAGGGCUCAGAUGCUGUUCCACCUGCUGCUGCAGUACACAACAGACAUGCUGAUUUGGGAGGAGAACAAUGACCUGUCAGAAGAGCUCAAGCCUAAAGUGAAGGAAGACAGCUACUUCUGUAUCCUCUACAACGAUGAGCAUCACUCAUAUGACCACGUCAUCUACACACUUCAGCGAGCCAUCGCCUGUGACCAGAAUCAGGCUCAAGUUUAUACUGCACUUAUUGACAAGGAAGGGCGAAGAGCAGUGAAAAGAGGGACUCUCAGAACCUGUCAACAAGCCAAGGACAAUAUCAGGCGUAACUCAGAGCACAUUAUCCAGAAACCCCUGCGUGUGGAGGUUCUUCACACUGCGGUUAUGGCUCAUCAGACUUUCGCUCUCAGACUCGGUGCAUGGUUUCAGAAGAUCAUUGGCUAUUCAGUUGGCUUCAGGGAUGUGUUCUGCCAGAUGGCUUUAGAGCCGGCCUCCGACAAUGAUAAACUCAGCCUGAUCAGUCGAUUAAUGCUGCACGAUGCCAAACUGUAUAAAGGAGCCCGCAAGGUUGUCCAUGAGUUAAUUUUCUGUAGUUUACUGAUGGACACAGAAUACAAAAGGCAGUUUGCCAUGAAAUUCACAGAGCACUAUAAGCAGCUUCAGGAGGACUUCAUCAGUGAUGACCAUCAGAGAAACAUCUCCAUCACAGCCCUGUCUGUGCAAAUCUUCACUGUGCCCACUUUGGCGAGGCAGUUGAUUGAGGAGGGCACAGUCAUCAAGGUCAUUAUAGACACUGUAAUGGACAUGAUGAGGGAACAUCUGGACAACAACCACCGCUUCCACUUCCAGGGCCACAACCCUGACAAGUUCUUCCGGGUUCAAGUUAUCUUCCAUGAUCUCAGGUACAUUCUAAUCAGCAAGCCGUCUAUUUGGACCGAGGCAUUACGAGUGAAGUUCCUCGAAGGUUUUCGCGUCUUUCUUCACUUUCUCGGCUGUAUGCAGGGGAUGGAAGAGGUGAAGAGGCAGUUUGGUCAGCAUGUGGAGGUGGAGCCCGAGUGGGAGGCUGGAUUUACACUCCAGAUGCAGCUACGCCACAUUCUCGCUAUGUUUCAGGACUGGUGCUCUUCUGACGAGCGGGUUCUGCUGUUGGCCUUCCAGGAGUGUCACAGAGCUCUAAUGUCCUGCACAAACCAGCCCUUCCGGAGCGAACCGAAAGACAGCUACAUGUGCAAGCAGAUCCUCCACGCACGGCCAUAUAAAGUAUCCCAGGAGCCUGUCUCCAUCCAUUUGCCCAUCUCCAGACUACUGGCUGGUUUAUAUGUGCUGUUGUGCCAGACUGGAGCAAUCCAAUACCUCCCUGACUUUGUGGAUCCUGCACAGCUAAAUUUCACUGAGCUCGCAGAGCAGCCUUUGCGUUGUAUUGUUUUGGCAGCUCAGGUUUGUGCCGACAUGUGGAGGAGAAACGGCCUGUCGCUUGUCAGCCAAGUGUAUUACUAUCAGGACGUUAAAUGCAGGGAUGAAAUGUUUGAUAAGGAUGUUAUCAUGCUGCAGAUUGCUGCUUCCAAAAUGGACCCCAAUCAUUUCCUUAUGCUUGUACUUUUGAGAUUUGAACUUUUCGACAUUUUCAAUGGCAACUGCUCCAGUAAAGAUCAGGAAGUACUGAAACAGUGGAACAGGUUAACAGAGGAGAUGCUUUACUUAUUAAUCAUCAUUGUAGGUGAGCGGUAUGUACCUGGAAUCAGUAAUGUGACCAAGGAGGACGUCAUUAUGAGGGAGGUCAUUCAUCUGCUCUGUAUUGAACCCAUGGCCCACAGCACCUUGAUCAAAAGCCUGCCUGAAAAUGAAAACCAUGAAACGGGUCUUGAAACAGUCAUCGCUAAGGUUGCCAAUUUCAAGAAACCAGGAGUGUCAGGUCAUGGCUUGUAUAAUGUGAAGAAGGAAUGUCUGAAAGAGUUUAACCCCUUUUUCUAUCAUUACUCCAGACCACAGCAUAGUAAGGCAGAAGAAGCUCAGAAGGAGAGAAGGUCUCAAGAGAGCAGUGAAAAAGCUCUGCGUCCCCCAGUGCCACCACCCUUCCGUCCAGCAUUCUCCAGCAUUGUGAAUCUGCUCUGCUGUGACAUCUUCAUCCAUGUUUUGAGGAGGAUUCUUCAGAAAGCAGUGGAGGAUCGUUCAAACCAGUGGACUGAACCAAUGAUCCAGCGGGCACUGCAUCUUGUAGGCCAGGCUCUGCUGGAGGAGACAACACAGCUGGAAAACAGCAGUGCUGAAGAAGUGACCUUCGACUUUAGUUUGAAAGCAAAAAAAACUGGUUCUGAACAAGGCAAAUCCUUGCUCCACUUCCUGACCAAAAUGAAGUCUUUACCUUCUCUGAAAGUUCUGAAAGACAUGAUCGCAUGGAACCUGCAGAUGUUUGAGGUGGUGAAGUGUCUUCGGGAGAAAUCCAGCCCUGCCGCUUCAUUCGCUAUGGAUCACAGCAAAGCAGAGGAGAGCGUUCAGGAUAAAGAGCAGAAGAGGAAAGCUGAGGCUGCUAAAGCGCACCGACGGAAGAUCAUGGCUCAGAUGUCGGCCAUGCAGAAGAACUUCAUUGAGUCCAAUAAGAUCCUUUAUGAAAAUAUGCCUGAGAGCUCCAGUCAGAGCGACACUGCAGCAUCUCUGGACAGCUUUGUGAUGGAUGUGGAUAAGAAUCGAGUGGCUGUAGGGCCUCAGCAGGGUGUUUGGUCCCUGGACUGGGAGACUCUUACCUGUAUUUUGUGCCAGGAGGAGCAGGAGGUUCAGGCUCAGGCUCCAGCUAUGGUGCUCACCGCAUGUGUGCAGAGAUCCACAGUUCUCACGCAGAGCCGCGGAAAGACCCUGUCCCCCAAAGUGGACUACUACCCUCUCUUCAUGCCCCCUGAUCUGGCUGUAGGAACACACACCGGCAGCUGUGGUCAUUUCAUGCACGCAACCUGCUGGCAAAAGUAUUUUGAAGCAGUUCAGAGCACAACUCGCAAUCGCCUGCAUGCGGAGCUUAUCAUAGACCUGGAGAACGGAGAGUACAUGUGUCCGCUUUGCAAAUCUCUCUGUAACACCGUCAUCCCACUAAUCCCUGUGGAGCCCAGCAGCCUCAACUAUGAAAGUGCUCAGUUGGUUGGUCAACAUCUCACUCUUAUGCGCUGGAUUCAGAUCAUGUCUUCUCGAAUCAGAGGCCUAAAGGCUAUGUGGACAGCAGAUGGCAGUGAUGCAGCAGAGAAAGCAGCAGCACCUUUUGAUGAGGGUCAAACCGAAUUCAGAUCCAUUCUUAGUUUUGGAGUUCAAGAGCCGCCAAAGUUCUCUCGCAGUAUCACAGAGAUGCUGGUUGUCUGUGCGACCACAGUGCACAGGGUGGGUCUGCAGACUCCUCCGAAUGACCUGUGCCCGUUUGUGCCAGCCAUGUCGUGGAACACCUGUGCCUACACCAUCCAGGCUGUCGAGAACAUGUUGCAGGAUGAAGGCAAGGCACUUUUUGGAUCCCUUAAGAACAGACAGCUGUCUGGACUUAAAGCGCUGGUGCAGUUUUCAGCUGCUCAGAGAAUGAAGUGCAAUCAAGUGGUCAUACAGAAGCAUUUUGCUGAUAUGUUAGCAGUCCUGGUACCAGUUCCUCAUGUAGAAAACACACCAUCCAUAUUAGAAGUGGAUUUCUUUCAUCUACUGGUGGGUCUGGUUCUGUCCAUCCCAUCGUUGUAUCAGGAAGAAGCUGUAGACCUGCAGCCUUCAGCAGUCAGUACGGCGUACAAUCACCUCUACCUGCUGCAGCUCAUCACUGUGGGACACAUGCUGCAGGUCCUGCUGGCUGCACACGAUUGUGCUGUGAUGGCAGUGGCAGAAGAGGGCGAUGAGGCUCAGGCCGCAGCUGAAUUCUUCUCUACUGUGUCUCAGCACACAGACAGGAUGAAGUCUGGUGUUUUGAGCUUCAGUGUGGAGGGGGUGAAGAGAGGUGUUCUUCCCUUCCUGCGCUGUGCUGCUCUCUUCUUCAACUGCCUUACAGGAGUACCGCCUCCAGAUGAGCUGUCCGUGUCUGCAGAAUUACCUGAAAGCCAGCUGCCUCUGCUGUGUAGUUACCUCUCCCUGCCCUCUAACCUGUUCCAACUGUUUCAAGACCACAGGGAUGUCAUGACCACCUUAAUAAACAGGUGGUGUGGGAAUACAGCUAUAUCCAAAGCUCUCAAAGGUGAAAUGCACAUGAUCAGGUAUCCUCGCAAAAGAAACCGGCUCAUAGAUCUUCCAGAGGACUAUAGUGUGCUGCUCAACCAAGCCAGUCACUUUAAAUGUCCAAACUCCUCAGAUGACGAGCGAAAACACCCGACUCUGUGUCUGCUCUGUGGGGUGAUGUUGUGUGCUCAGAGCUCCUGCUGUCAUGAGCAGCUCAACGGCGAGGAAGUGGGCGCCUGUACGGGUCACGCUGCCAUCUGUGGGGCUGGAGUGGGACUGUUUCUCAGGGUUCGAGAGUGUGAGAUUGUCUUGAUGGCCAGUAAGACACGUGGCAGUCCCUAUCCAGCACCCUACUUAGACGACUAUGGAGAAACAGACCCUCAGCUUGGACGUGGGAAUCCUCUCCACUUGUGUCCAGAGCGUUACCGUAAGCUGCUCCACCUUUGGCAGCAACACUGCGUCCUAGAGGAGAUCGCCCGCAGUCUGGAGCUCCUCAAUGUCAUGUUCCCUUUCGAGUGGCAGAUGCUCUGAGCAGCGUAUCACAAUGCAUUAUGGAUAACCAUGCUAAACAAACACCUGUGUACUUUCACUUUUGAUUUAUUCAUUCUUCAGGUUGCAGAUUCACACAUACAGCACAUUGUGAGGUUUUGCUUUUGUUUUCAAUAGAAAAUGCAAAUCAUUUUAUUAACUUCCGCUCCCCUCACUCUGCUUUUUGGCUUUUUCAUCUGUGUGAGAAAUUUAUGCAUGUGAAUAUUAUGUUUACUUCUUAUUAUGCAUAGAUUCCCUCAACAUGAAGAAAAACCUGUAUAUUCAAUAGGUUUUUUUUUUUUUUUUUUUGCAAAUUCUGUUCUCAGAUGAAUCUCACAAACAUGUUGGGGUCACAUUGUCAAAAGAAAGUCAAAAGAAAGAUUCAGAUUUUGCAUAUAUUGUUUUGGAGCACUUCAUUAUUUUCCCCAGUCUCCACUUUUAUCAAUACAGUAAUACUUGACAGUUUUUAUUUUUUAAUAUCUCUGUAUUGACAACACUUAAAUCAGUAAUAUUAACAUUUAUACUAACUGACAUUCUCAUUAGUAUUUUCUGUGUACAAAAACAUUCUGAUUAAAAUUGCAAACAAAAUUUAUAUAUAUAUAUAUAACUGCUAUGAAAUGAUCAUUUUUUAUUAUUAUAUUAUAAAAUUAUCAUUUUAUAGCAGUUAUUGUACAACACUAUACUUACUAUAAACAGCAGAUAAUAGAUGUUUUCCCAUAACUUUUGCUUUCUAUCUGGAAUAUGACUCUGUUUUGUGAGAUUCAUUCCUGCUAUAAUGUCACAGGAAAAAUGUAUAUAAAAUAAUAAUGUAUAAUUAGAUGAUGCUAUUUUGCUAUAAAUGUGAUUUAAUAAAGAUACACACACACACACACACACACACACACACACAAACACACAAAAAGUCAAUAAUCACAUGCAACAAUGCCUGUCAGCUGAACUCCAGUGUAUUUUAAUGUCAAUAUGUAUUAAAUCGAACAGAAGUGCUUUUGUUGACUGUCAGUCUAAAUCCAGAGAGUUUUAGCUCAUCAUUUCUUCAGUGUGUAAAAGCUUUUCAUUUACGCUUACUCACACAUAAAAUAAACUGCUGAGUGACACCAUGACCUUCACUUCACAGUACUGUAAAACCACUGUACUCAUUCAUUCAGCUGUACGUAAAAUAUUUAUUCUGCUUUUGAACUUUUAAUUUCCUAAUAAUGGGUAUUUCUGUCAGAUAUUAAAAACUCAAACGGGAAA